UGGGUCAUUUGAAGGUUAGCAGUCUCGGAUGGGUUCAUAGAAAGUUCACUCGCAUAUAUUAGGCAAUUCAAUCUUUCAUUCUCUGUGAGCAAACUAGUAUGAAAUGAGCUGCAUGGAGGCAGGAUAACCCAUUCGUCAUCCGAACGGGGAGAUAUGGUUUAAAAACGCGAUCUGUAAUAUUUAUAAGAACAUAUUUUCAAUAGGGCGGGCUCGAGCGAGGAGCUUGUUAAGCGCACUGGACCGGGCUGUGCAAAAAAUAAAGUAUAUACACGUUGGAACGUUACGGAGGUGACUGACUGUCCGACACACGUUGGAACGUUACGGAGGUGACUGACUGGCUGAACACACGUUGGAACGUUACGGAGGUGACUGACUGGCUGAACACACGUUGGAACGUUACGGAGGUGACUGACUGGCUGAACACACGUUGGAACGUUACGGAGGUGACUGACUGUCCGACACACGUUGGAACGUUACGGAGGUGACUGACUGUCUGACACCUUUUCGUCUCAACAACCGGACACCAGAGGAAAAUGGCAAAUCAUCAUUUGGGUCAAUUACAAGCUUUUAGCGGUGUUGUCUGUCAUAAUUCAUGACAUAGUCUGGGAAGAAGACCAAUAUUUUACGUGCCAUAAAGGGGCGGACUUUGAUGGAGUUGUGUGCAUUUAUGUUCGCGAUUAUUAUCCACACAUAAAUUAAAUUUAAAGGGAUACAAUAACAGGCAGACUUUUGCGACUAAGGGAAAUCAUGUUUGAUUGUAUGGAUUUGCUUGCGGUGAGCCCGGGACAAAUGCUGGAUUUCUACACUUCGAGUCCCUCUUCGUGCAUGCUACAAGAGAAGGCACUGAAAGCGUGCUUCGGCGGGCUCGCUCAGAGAGACUGGCAACACCGCCGGAGCGCACAUUCCAUCGAGACCCAGAGCACCAGUUCUGAGGAGCUGGUCCCAAGUCCUCCGUCCCCCCUGGCCCCGCCCCGCGUCUACAAGCCCUGCUUCGUGUGCCAGGACAAGUCCUCGGGGUACCACUAUGGUGUCAGCGCCUGCGAGGGCUGCAAGGGUUUUUUCCGUAGAUCCAUCCAGAAGAACAUGGUGUACACGUGUCACCGGGACAAGAACUGCAUCAUCAACAAGGUGACCAGGAACCGCUGUCAGUACUGCCGGCUCCAGAAGUGCUUUGGCGUGGGCAUGUCCAAAGAGUCUGUCCGGAACGACCGCAAUAAGAAGAAGAAGGAGAGUCCCAAGCCAGAGCUGACCGAAAACUAUGAGCUGAGUGCAGAACAAGAGGCCAUCAUAGAGAAGAUACGCAAGGCUCAUCAGGAGACCUUCCCAUCGCUCUGCCAGCUGGGGAAAUACACCACGAAGUCGAGUGCGGAACAACGCGUGAGGCUGGACCUGGGGCUGUGGGAUAAGUUCAGUGAGCUGGCUACUAAGUGCAUUAUAAAGAUUGUGGAGUUUGCCAAACGAGUGCCUGGCUUCACAGGACUCACCAUAGCUGACCAGAUCACGCUGCUUAAAGCUGCCUGCCUUGACAUACUGAUUCUACGUAUCUGUACGAGGUACACUCCGGACCAGGACACCAUGACGUUCUCAGACGGACUGACCCUUAACCGGACCCAGAUGCACAACGCAGGCUUCGGCCCGCUCACCGACCUGGUGUUCACCUUCGCCCACCAGCUGCUGCCCAUGGAGAUGGACGACACAGAGACAGGCCUGCUCAGCGCCAUCUGCCUCAUCUCUGGAGACCGGCAGGACCUGGAGGAGCCCUCUAAGGUAGACCAGCUCCAGGAGCCUCUACUGGAAGCUCUGAAGAUCUACGUGAGGAAGAGGAGGCCCAGCAAGCCACACAUGUUCCCCAAGACCCUGAUGAAGAUCACUGACCUCCGCAGCAUCAGCGCCAAAGGUGCAGAGCGGGUCAUCUCGCUGAAGAUGGAGAUCCCUGGGUCCAUGCCUCCUCUGAUCCAGGAGAUGCUGGAGAACUCAGAGGGCCAAGACGGCCAGAGCAGCACCGAGGGCGAGGACGGAAGCAGCCCCAAGAAGGGAAUCCCUAAUGGGGGUAAACCCUGCCCUGUGUCCCCUGACCCUGACCCAGAUGCUUCAGACAGCGACGGGCCCACAGCGGCCCCCAAGGAGGAGGAGGAAGAGGACCCCUAGGUCCCCGUUGGAACUCAGGGGCCUCUCAGACUGACACUCUCUCUCUCGCUGACAUUCCUUUGCAAAAAAAAAACACACAAAAAAUGAAAAUAGGUAAACCGCACGGUGUACCAGGCAUAGUGGACCCCCCUCCUUCUCUCCUCUCCUCAGGCCGUUGGUCCCUUAAUGAACCACCACCACCUUUGCUUGUUCUUAUGUUAUCCUUUACGUUUGUUUUUUCCUUCUCUCUAUUUAUGACUUUAUUUUCCCUUAAAAAAAUGACAACACUAAAACCUAAAAGGACCAGUGGUUGGUUUGUGUAUAAUUCUACAUUUAUUGAGCUCUUAUUUUGGCCUUGUGUCUUGGGGACUAGGGUGUGAUUGGUCGAGUUGGGUUUGACCUCGCCCGGCCACGCCCACUUACUUGUUGUACACAAAGGUCAUAGGUCAUCCUCCUCAGGUCUCCUGUAUAAAUUCAUCCCUGCAUGAUGGACUCGACAAGUUUAAUAAGUAGUUUUAAUCUCUCCCUCUCUGUCUCUCUGUCUCUCUCUCUCACUCUCUCUCUCUCUCUCUCUCUCUCUCGGUCUCUGUCUCCCUCUCUGUCUCUCUUUGUCUCUCUCCCUCUACUGUCUCUCUCUCUGUCUCUCUCUCUCUCUCUCUCUCUCGCUCUCUGUCUCUGUCUCUCCCUGUCUCUCUCCCUCUAUCUCUCUCUGUCUCUCUGUCUCUCUCUCUCUCUCUCUGUCUCUCUCUGUCUCUCUCCCUCCCUCUAUCUCUCUCUGUCUCUCUGUCUCUCUCUGUCUCUCUCUCUGUCUCUCUCCCUCUAUCUCUCUCUGUCUCUCUCUCUCUGUCUCUCUCCCUCUACUGUCUUUCUCCCUCUCUCUCUCUGUCUCUCACUCUGUCUCAUAUUAUUGGAAUACAUUGUAUAUACCAUUGUUAGAAAUCUGUCUGUUUCUAUGAUGAAUUUUGUGGUGCUUUUUCCAUUGUCUUAAAUAUUAUUGUUUGAUGCGAAACAGUACAUACAUGACAAAGUUCAAAGGGGGCUAAAAUGUAAAAGUCCUUUACAAAAACAUUCAUAUAGACUGUUCUUGCAUAUAGACAGUAUGGAAGACUAAUACUUUAUAUUUGUUCCUCUAUUUAAAGCUGUUUUUUGUUUUGUCUUUUAUAACUCAUUAUGUUGACGUCUCCAUCAGUUUACAUUACAUCACCAUAAAGCCAGAGUGCUAGAGGCUUGUCUCCCCUGUCAGUGGCUGCAUCUCUUCAGCCGCUUUCUCAGACUGUCGAGGCCAUAGAUAUACAAUGACUAGAUUGAAUCUAGAUAAACUAUUACCAGAUUGGAUCUGUCUAUCAUAGAUAACAGACUGUAAUUUAAUGUACAGGCUUCUGAGGUUAAAAGGAUUCUGAGAUUUUAUCAUUAAAUGACAUUCCCAGAGAGAAACCAAGCAGUCUUUACAAGCGACAUCUCUGGGGAAGGAUAAGGGUUAAGCGACUCUCUUUGACAAAGACUUUCCUUAACCCAAGCUUGUGCCACUGAGAAAUGUAGAUUUUUUUAUUUUUAUGAAUUUGGUUAUACAUUUGAAGUUUCCUUGCAAUUCUCUUGAACAUUCUCCACAAUCUGUGCAGUGAAAUGCAUUGUUAUUACAGUGUUAAAAUGUAAAUGACUUCUCUUCUCUGAUUCAAUCUAGUAAUUGUGCAUUAAUGGCUGUCAGCAACUACAAGCGUCUGCGCAACACAAAAUGCACAUUGCGUUCUGGGCCAGGAUUACAAAGGAGUCCUGUAGGCCCAGAAUCACUACCUGCCCCUUCUUACAUACUUGCAUUCAUAAGUGUCUUGUUUUGGAAGGAAACCACGGGGACAUUGCAAUCGUUAAAAUACAUAUUCAUGACCUAACCGCUCGGCCGGGAAGAUUGUACACUAGACUCUAACUGUUCAUUCUUAGUUCUAGUCCUACAGAGUGACUGACCGUUGCCUUGCUCCUCCACAAGUCCUGUGCAUAACUACAGUGAUGCAAAGGAGAUUCUUUACAUGACCCUUAACCCCUGAGACGUGCAGUAAUUAUAGAUAGACAAGCUCGGGUAGCGUUCAUUUGGGUUGCAACAUCACAGAAUGUUUGGAUAUAAAUAUAUUAUGUAAACAUGCACUUCUCUAUCAUGUAGAAUAGGGAAUCAUGUCAGCUCUAAAACAAAAAUAUAUUUUCCUGAACGUUGCAUCUCCUGAACCCAACCCUGCUUUGUGUUUUGGACGGCAGAUCCACUUGACAGCACUUUUUCUCAGGGAUGAGGAAUGAUGUCCCAUAUCGGCCACCGCCACAACAGCCUUUCUGAUCUUCUAAAUAUAUUCUUAGUAAAGCUGGUUUUCUUUAGAGCCUAAGGGCUAGAUUUAGUCCAUAGCACUGAAGAUCUGCGGUAUACCGCAAUUAAAAUGUAAAGGCAAUGUUCCCAUCUUUCGCGGAGACUGCAUUCACAGUAUACACUGCAUAUGUCUGCUCAAUCGGAAAUUACACUGUUCUUCAGCUCUACGGAUUGGAUCUAACUCUAAAUCACAGAAACAAAUUUGGACACUAUUUAUAAAGUUAAUACCCUAGAAUCCACACUGAAUAUUGCUCUGUUCGUUUCACUGUUGUGAAGUGAAACAGAGUGAUAUUCAGUGGAAGCCAGGCUAUAGACAAUAUAAUUUAUUCAGAUGUUGACCAGUUACUCAACUAGCACGAAGGCAAUACUUCUCAUAGUACUUAUUUAAAACUUGAACGUGAAUUAUAUGUAGCCGACAUAAUGUUAAGGGUGAUAGUAAUAAACAGUUUUCUUUAUCAUUCUUAAGGGUAAUAAUAAUUUGGCAUAAACUGUUAUGGGUGAUUAUUGAGUCACUCAUCUCAGAGGUAUAAAGAGUUUUUUUUAUUCUGAAUAGAGGCAAACAUUUUACCACAAGGGAACAGAGGACCACUGUAGUUAGUCAGCUAGAAGGUUGGGGUCAAUUCUUGUUGGAUUAUUUCAGUUUGCUUCCUGAAUAGACUCAAUUGAUAUGGAAUUGACCCCAACCCUGGCUAGAACCUUUCAGAACCAUCUCACACACAACCAUCUCCUCUCCUCCAUAUCAACACCACAUGUAAUACAUACAUAAAACAAAACUGUCUCCGUUGUUUCAUGUUUGAAUGUGAAUACGCCAUCCAGGCUUUACAUAGGAAUGAUAUGCAGUGUUAAAGGAAUAUUUACUUUAAAGCAGCGUUUUGUCAAAUUCAUUUCAUCUCAUUGUAUGUAUGACAAAAAAUGAAAUGCUCUCUUUCCCUCUAAGGGAGAGAGGGAUGUAGUAGGGUAAAACAAUCCUGGUGGCUCAUCACAAGAGCAGUGUGGGUGAAUCUCAAUAGUCUUCCCUACAUUCCUCUCCCUUGAUGCCGCGCCUCCUUCUCAAAACACAUUGGAGGAAAGGGUGCAGAACCUCAGACCUUCUACAAUGUGUGUUGUUGAGGUGAGGAAUCGAGGAUGUGAUGAAUCACGGAAAGACUUCUGACAUUUACCCUGAGUGUCUUUGAAGUUGGAAAACUUAUUUCACAGCUGAAGAAUGUCUACAUCCAUCUCCCUAGUGACCUGAGCGCCACCUACAGGCACCAGGUGACACGGCAGGGAACUCAAUCCAUUUCCACAAUGCUGAAUUUACAUUGGUUUCUGUUGAAUGUUGUACCGAUGUAACUGUUAAUAUUUACUACUAUCUCACUGCAGCCUUGUUCAUGUAUUAGAUGGUGUGUGUGGUGUGCUUUAUGUCUCAACUAAUGGCAGCUUUAGGCUAUCUGACCUCUCAGAGCUUCAUCUCAUAGCCAGCCCCUCUUGGGUAGCAGCUGCUCACCCCCACAUCAUUUAGGACCAAAUGGUCUCAGUACCUGAGCAUGGAUUCACAAUAGGGUUGCAAAAUUCCAGAAACCUUCCCCAAAUUCCUUUUUUUGGUGGGCGAGGGGAGGAUCAUGGUCAGAGGAUUUUCGUAAUCAAGAGGGAAUAAGCUAAAGGAAUUUCCAACGUGGAAUUCUUCAAUUUGUGAAAAGUUUCCAUAAUUUCAAAACCCUAGUUACCCCGAUGUCAAUCGCUGAUCAAACAACAGAGCUGCUUUCCCCUCUUCAGUUGGAAUGCCAAGCAGCUGUCACUAAAUCAAUCAACUGACAGAAAUGUGUUUAAGUCAAUAAACGGAAUAAGAUCAAUACAUGUACCGAAAGGGGGCAACGUACUGAACAUUGCAGAUAGAAAUAGACUGAAUAGAUCUGGCACAACGAGUCCAUACUCUACAAGUCAGUGGUGUCUGUUCUAUGCAACGUAUUUCUAUAUGCAUGUUCCACCGCUGUGCCCUACAUUAUCCAACUAUCCAGUAGAAGCAUGACUGUGAACCUCAAAAAAAUGUAUCUUCGAAAGCAACUUUGUUGUUAUGCCUGGUGGGAAGAGAAAGCAGGACGUCCUCAUAGGGAGCUUUACAGUGAGCUCCUAUCUUCGUUUUCAAUAUUGUCUGUUUGUAUAUUAACAAUGCUUUAUAUGUUCAUAUACUGUUUAACUUUACCAUGAAAUGCCCUGGCAAAGUAAUAAAAAUAUAUUUAUUUUAAAAUACAUAACGUGUGAACGUGUUAUAACCCGAAUAUUUAGAUUUACUGUAACCUCGAAGCCUUGAAUAGUGUGUGUGUGUGUGUGUGUGUGUGUGUGUGUGUGUGUGUGUG